UCCUUUUUUUUUUUUUUUUCUUUUUUCUUUUUUUAAGGUUGGCCUUCAUUUCCAGUGGAAGGGGGCAUUUUCCUUCAGCUUUGCUAUUUCUCAUUGUUAACUAACUGUAUUUAUUUAUUUAUUUGUUUAUUUAUUAUUAUUAUUAUUAUUAUUUUCUUUUAACAUUUUAAACUAAAAAUCUAGAUGCCAUGGUAAACCAAAGGUUUUAAGUCAAUUGACAAGUAACAUUUUUCUUUCCCUCUCCAGUGUCUUUCUUAUUUGUUUUAUUUUUGUAGACUUACUUGCAGAUUUUGUUUUGCUCACGAAAGAAGCUGUAUAAAUGGAGUUACCAAUUCCCAACAAGUUGAAGAAGCUGUGGGACAUAUGGGAUCUUCGGGUGUGUAUCCUCAUAAGCCUCUUCCUACAGGUAUUUCUACUUCUAGUUGCUCCUUUCAGGCAAACAACCAGUCGCACAUUUGUUAUCAUGUCAAUAUGGUCUGCUUAUUUGCUGGCCGACUGGGUGGCUGCUGUUUCUAUUGGACUAAUCACCAAAAGCCAGACCGACCAUUCCCUUGAUCCACACACAGAAAACCUACACAUUUUUGCGUUUUGGGCAUCCUUUCUUUUGAUUCAUCUCGGUGGGCCUGAUAGCAUUACCUCUUUCUCAAUCGAGGAUAAUGAAUUAUGGCUCAGGCACUUGUUUAGUCUCAUUUUACAGGUUGUGGCUGUUGCUUAUAGCUUCUUUCUUACACUUCCUAAAAACAAUCUACAACUGCCAACUAUGCUUGUGUUCUUUGUUGGAAUUAUCAAGUUCUCUGAGAGAAUAGCGGCUUUAUAUCUUGCAAGUUUGGACCGUUUUGGUUCCACUGUGUUGCCGGAGCCAAACCCUGGUCCUGACUACAGAGAUGCCGUGGCAACAUAUGCUGCUUCAAUGGGGUUGAUGGAUCAAGCAUCAGAGAUAACGAUGACGACGACCACGACCAUGACAAACGUAGCACACUCGCUCUUCGAAACCUUCAAGGGACUUAUUGUUGGCUUCCUUCUCAGUUCCAAAGACCGAGAAUCAAGCCGGAAUACUUUUCUCCAUUUAGAAGCUUCUGAGGCUUUUAGAUUGAUGGAGUACGAGCUGAGCUUCAUGUACCAACUUCUCCAUACCAAAGUUGUCAUGAUGCGUUGCGUGUUCGGUUACAUACUCAGGAUUAUCAGUUUCUGUUUCCUAAUUGGUGCUUUGAUAUCGUUUUCAUUUUCUUUGGUCGAUGAUCCUAAGUUUAGUAAGUUUAGUAUCUAUCUUACUUACUCAUUGCUUGUAGUAGCCAUUUUUCUAGAUAUUUUUUCUGGCCUCAAGCUCAUUUUCUCUAAAUGGACAAUUAUUUUCCUAAAGGAUGGGUGGAUAGAAUAUAUUCCCCAAAGAGUUUUGAAAUAUUUGAAAAGAGAAAGGUGGUCGGGCUCAAUGUCACAGUACAAUGUCAUAGGAUAUUGUCUCGAUGAACGUCCAAAAUGGCUAUACAGUUUGUUUAGCUAUCUCCACCUUAAGGGAUUUCUAGAGACAAUGAAAAUCUUGAGGCAUUCUUCUUCAGAGACAGUGACGGAGAAAUUAAAGAGCUUUAUUUUCAAUGAGCUGAAAAUAAAAUCUCAAACAGCUAGCACUUUAAGAGAUGCCAUUGAAGCGUGUUCGCAAAGAGGCGAGUGGGCUCUCCUACGUGCUCCUAGCUACAUCAAACUAAAAUGGAGUAUUGGAGAGUUUCAAUAUGCGGAAAGUCUUCUCCUCUGGCACUUAGCAACUGAACUCUGUUACAGCACCAUUAAGGAAGAUGAUAGCAAUGAAAGAACAAUUUGCAAGCUCCUUUCGGAUUACAUGUUCUAUCUUCUGGUUGCGAAGCCUACAAUGCUGGCACCGGUUCUUGGAAAUUGGCAAGUGGUAUUCCGAGACACAUGUGCAGAGGCUAACAGAUUUUUCGAUGAAUUCUCAAUAUCAGAUCAGAAACAAGUAUGUGAAAUGCUUAUUUCUGUAGAAACCAAUUUCAGAGCUACAACUGUGAAGGGAAAUAGAAGCAAAUCUGUAUUGUUUGAUGCUUGUGUUCUUGCACAUCAGCUUCAAAAUAUGAAUUGGCAAGAAAGGUGGAAGGUGAUGGUGCUGGUGUGGACCGAGCUGUUUUGCUACGCUGCCAUAAAUUGUAGGCCGAUUGUACAUGCUCAGCAACCAAGUAGGGGUGGUGAGUUUCUGACUUUCACUUGGUUGCUGAUGAACCAUUUGGGAUUGGGAACUCAAUUCUAUGAGCAAGAACAGCAAGCUGGGAAAAAGUUUAUGCCUAUCAUGUAAAUUCAUCAGGCAGGGUUAAUUUUUUUUAGUUUAAUAUUUAUGCAUUUUAUAAUUAAUCUUUUAGGUAGUUAUAGCUUACAGCUUGUUGUGCACCUUUUUAAAUUUCAAUUUUGUUGUGUGUUUCUGUUA